GCUGCGGCAAGACAAAUAUUUGCGACUAUUCUCAACAUCACGGAAAAAGGACACUUCAAUAAGGCGGAUAAAAAGCAAUUCUUUUAUAUAAGAAGUGCCACUGCUGCGACUCAGGAAAGCAACGUAAGAUUCACCCAGCGUAUAGGACGGAUUGUCUAUUUCCUUGCAUAUCGCACCGAGACUGAAGACAGCAAAAACUUACCGAUCAUUCUCUCACAAAUAUAUAAACUGGAGUCUUUCAACUAUUUCCGAAACUCCUUCCUUUACUCGACACAACAGACAAAAUGACACAAAUCGAAGAAAAAGGCUUUUUCGGCGGCGCCAUCACUGGUGCCGUACCACAUGGCUGGAUUGAUGGGAGCACACUCCGCGAAGUGCCAGACCACCAAGAAAUGUUCCUCUCACCCACAACGCUCUCAAAUCUCAUCUUUGAGAUAAAUGAAUACGUCCCUAAACCUUCAUCUUCAGGUAUAAGCGGGGUGAAUUCGGGUGUAGAUGUCGAAUUACCGACAGCAGUUAAUACCAGCACUGAUUCUGAUGAUGUUGCGGCUGCUAUGUAUCAUAUUCUUGAUAUAUGUGAUGAUGAUGAUACGAUGGAAGUCGUUCGGGAGCCGAAGAGAGUUGUUCUUAGACGACUUUCUUCUGCUCCUGUUUAUGCGUAUGCGGGAUCGGUUCGGUUUACGUCUCCGAGGAAACAGAGACGAGAUAGUGGUAUACAGCGACAGAAUGAUACUGUAUCUACAGGGACAGGAGAUACAGCAGCAGCAGCAGCGAGUGGAAGUGCGCUACCGAUCCCAGACAGAUCAACGAAUAGUUGCCAUUUCUUGUUGGUGCGACUACCGGCGCAGAGAACGGAUUUAUUGGUUUGGGUGAACGUGCCACAUGAUGAGUUUUUGGCGCAAGGGAAUGAAGGGGGGUUGGCGAGUGAGGAGAAGUUGGCUGAGGAUGUGAUUGGGAAGUUUGUGGAGGUGCUUGAUGUGAAGGAUUGGGGGUUACUUGGGUCGGGUUGAUAGAGGCAGGAGAUGUUGUAGUUUAGGAGGAUUAAUGGUCUUCUCUAAUGUUGCGAGGGCAGGACACUAUUAAUAACAACCUCGAUCAAGUUGAAUCCAUUCAACCUGCUCUAAUACCAGAUAUGUAUAAAGAAUAAUGCUUCAAAUGCAAUCGCCACAACACCAGGCUCAAAUGCAAACACAGUAUGUAAUAACAAUGCAAGUGCAAUAACAAAACCACAACAAACGCCAUAAAUGCUCAUAAACCAAAACUACCCCAAUACUCCACUUCUCAUGUUUUGUACGGUCUUCAGACCAACACCUUUUAGU